CGGAAAGUCUUCCUCUUGUUCCUGUUUCUUCCGGAGCGCUGAUCUGAACGGACCUGUGCACCAAAAAUGACCGCUGCAGUCAUGUCGAGGUUCCGUCUGGCUGUGGUGCAGCUGCAGGUGGGCAGCGUCAAAGCGGACAACCUGAGCAGAGCCCGGAGGCUGGUGAAGGAGGCUGCGGGACAGGGCAGCAGGGUGGUGCUCCUGCCGGAAUGCUUCAACUCUCCGUAUGGGACCAACUACUUUUCCUCUUAUGCUGAGAAGAUCCCAGGAGAAUCCACCCAGGUGCUGUCAGAGGCAGCAAAGGAGAGCAAGGUGUACCUGGUGGGAGGAUCCAUCCCUGAAGAGGAUAGUGGGAAGUUYUAUAACACCUGUGCAGUGUUCAACCCUGAUGGGGAGAUGCUCCUCAAACACAGAAAGAUUCAUCUGUUUGACAUCGAUGUUCCAGGGAAAAUCCGCUUCCAAGAGUCCGAGACGCUGAGCCCCGGCAGCAGCCUGUCCAUGUUUGACACACCAUUCUGUAAGGUGGGCGUGGGGAUCUGCUACGACAUGAGGUUUGCAGAGCUGGCUCAGCUCUACAGCAGGAAAGGCUGCCAGCUGCUGGUUUACCCCGGAGCCUUCAACAUGACGACGGGUCCGGCCCACUGGGAGCUCCUGCAGAGGGCGAGGGCAGUUGAUAACCAGGUGUUUGUGGCCACAGCAUCACCUGCCAGAGAUGAAGCUGCCUCCUACGUGGCCUGGGGUCACAGCUCUGUAGUGAACCCUUGGGGGGACGUCAUCUCCAAGGCUGGAGCAGAGGAAACGAUCCUGUACGCUGACAUCGACCUGCAGUGUCUGGCCGACAUCCGGCAGCAGAUCCCCAUCACGUCUCAGCGUCGGGACGACCUCUACACAGUGACGACGGCGAAGGACAGGUCGGGCUGAAGAGUCGGCUCCUCUUCCUCGGCUAAAUCAGGCUUAAAUGAUCCUGUUAAUUCUCAUCUAGGAGGCUCUGGAUUGAAUCAGAAAUGUUAGUUUUUGUGUGAAGCUGAGGAGGUUUAGCAUCAAAACCCACAUGGAGAAGAUCUCAAGAUGCACUGGAUUUUUUUUACUAGAAGCUUGUCAGACUGGUCAGCUGCAGUUAAGCAGGUUUUGAGCUUCAGCACUUGGUGCUUCUAGAUGAAAGAUUUAAAAAUCGAUACAUUUAUUAAUAACCAGGUUGCCCACAAACUCUCCACAACUCCUGCAAUAAUCAAAUAAAGACUUUACUAACAAAACA